GAGAGAGAGAGAGAGACAUUUUUAUUUUUAUUUUGUGGUGGAUGAUUGGGGCAAGAAUGUCAAACCCACAAGGAUAUAUGAGAGUUUGAAGUGGGUGGAUGCCUAUAAGAGUUCAUGGAGUAGAGAGAAGCAAGUCUGGAGUGCAGUGAAGCUUUUCUGUUUCCAUUUUGAUCAGUCGGGCGUUAUGGGUGGGUUCAGUCUCAUUGUUCUCCUCUUGGGAAACCUGCUGCUGCUUCUUAAACCCUGCUCCACACUUCCUUUAUGUACUGAUUUAACGGGAGCCUUCAAGCCCAACACUACUCUAACAUUCUGUACCUCCUACACUGGAAAAACCUGCUGCGACUCCGCGGAGGAUUCGGCUUUGCAGCAACAAUUUCAAGCAAUGAAUAUCACUGAUCCAGGCUGUGCUGCUGUUGUGACUUCCAUUCUUUGUGCGAAAUGCGAUCCGUUCUCAGCAGAGCUAUUUAGAGUCAAAACCAGUGCUAGGUCUGUCCCUGUACUCUGCAACUCAACAGUUUCAGCAAAUUCCACUCAAUCUACCCAGGCAAGUGCCAACUUUUGUUCACAAGUAUGGGGCCAAUGUUCGAACAUCUCCAUUGUGAAUUCACCUUUUGCCGCUUCACUACAAGGCCAAGCUGGAACAACAAGCACUUCCAAUUCCACCAAAAUAACACAAUAUUGGCAGUCACAAAGCAACUUUUGCUCUGCGUUUGGUGGGGCUUCCCUUGAUGACUCAGUAUGUUUUGAUGGAACACCAGUUACGUUCAACAGUUCAGCAACAUUAAGUUUUCCAAGUGGAAUGUGUCUAGAGCAAAUAGGAAAUGGUUCAUACAUCAAUAUGGUUGCUCAUCCGGAUGGGUCCUCCCGUGCCUUUUUCUCCAACCAACAAGGUCACAUUUGGUUGGCUAUCCUUCCUGCGCAGGGAUCUGGAAAAAUGAUGCAGGUUGAUGUAUCAAGUCCGUUUCUAGAUAUAUCAGAUCUGGUUUCUUUCGAUACAGAGAUGGGGUUGGAGGGCAUUGCUGCUCACCCGAAUUUUGCGCAAAAUGGCCGUUUUUUUGCUUCUUUCAAUUGUGAUAAGUCUCAGUGGCCUGGAUGUGCAGGUAGAUGUUCUUGUAAUUCAGCUGUGAACUGUGAUCCUUCCAAAUUGUCUGCGGAUAAUGGUGCGCUGCCGUGCCAAUAUCAAAGUGUUAUUUCAGAGUUUACUGCUAAUGGGACCUCGCCCAAUAUAUCCGCGGCAACAAGUGCUCAACCAAUAGAGGUGAGAAGGAUACUCACAAUGGGUCUUCCAUUUACGACUCAUCACGGGGGACAGAUUCUUUUUGGACCCGCGGAUGGGUAUUUGUACUUUAUGAUGGGCGAUGGCGGAGGUGUGGGCGAUCCUUACAAUUUUGCCCAAAACAAGAAAACAUUGCUUGGAAAGAUUCUGAGGCUUGAUGUUGAUAACAUUCCAACUGCAGCAGAAAUUAGUCAGCUUGGUCUGUGGGGAAACUACUCUAUCCCAUCGGAUAACCCAUAUACUGAAGAUACGGCUUUGCUGCCUGAAAUAUGGGCCAUGGGAUUUAGAAAUCCUUGGAAGUGCAGUUUUGAUUCAUCAAGACCUGCUUACUUCAUGUGCGGAGAUGUUGGGCAGGAUACAUAUGAAUCAGUGGAUAUGAUCACCAAGGAUGGUAACUACGGCUGGCGUGUUUACGAGGGCCCCUAUCUCUAUACUCCUCUGAAGUCACCAGGAGGGAAUACAUCUGCAAAUUCUAUAAGGGAAAUUUUUCCAGUAAUGGGGUACAAUCACUCUUCUGUAAACCAGCAACAAGGCUCAGCCUCGAUCACAGGGGGCUAUUUCUAUAGGUCUAUGACUGAUGCAUGCAUGUAUGGGAGCUACAUAUAUGCAGAUCUCUUUGGAGCUGCUAUGUUUUCAGGUAUCGAAAACCCUGAAGACAGCGGUAACUUCAACCAAAGCCUGAUUCCAUUUACUUGUGCUAGUGACUCGCCUAUCCCGUGCACCUUUGUGAACGGAUCUACAGUUCCUUCUCUCGGUUAUGUUUUAUCAUUCGGAGAGGACAACAACAACGACAUAUAUCUCUUAGCAAGCAGUGGUGUGUACAGAAUAGUCUCCCCCAGUCGCUGCAAUUAUGCUUGCUCAAAGGAAGUUGUUACUCCUCCGAGCCCAAGCCCAAGCCCAAGUCCUACUACUUCUACCCCUUCGCAAACAAGCUGUUUAAGUCUGCCCAAAAAUGCCAUGCUCCUCUGCUCUUCUCUUCUUUUGAUUUUGUUGGGUUUCAUCUAGCAUGCCGCGAAAAAUCCACAAAACAAGAGGACCUUUUCCCCUUCUUUUUUUCUUUUUUCGCGUUGCAGCUCUUCUUGUUGUGUAUCUUUUUUUUUUGUUGAUCAUUUCUUGUUGUGUAUCUUGUUUUGUUUUGAGUUAUACAGGAGAUGCAUUAUUGCUGUAAGAUUUGUAUUGUUGAAGGAGAUUUGCAAUUUUUUGGGGUUAAGUUAUUGAAUGGAGUCUUGAGCUCCUUUGAAGCAAUG